AUGUUCAAUCUCUUCCUAAAAGCCGGCGACAUCCUCGCACCGCUGCCGGCGGGGGAAGGGCCGGAGGAGGAGCACACAGCGGCGCCGUCGCUGCUCAGCGGCCUCGCGCAGUACGUGGCGCCGGACCCCAAGGCAGCGGCGGCGGCCGCGACAUCAGCGCCGCCGCUACCGCCGCAGCAGUACUCGUUCGAAGCGGCGGACGACGCGACGACCGGGGACGCGAGCCGCCCGCCGCCGCCGCCGACCGUGUGCGUGCCCUGCGCGGCGACGGCAAAGUCGCCGCCGCGCCUGACCGCCGCGCCGCCACCGGCAGCAGCGGCCAAGACCGUGUCGCUCGUGUCGCCGACCGCGUGGGUCGUCGGCGCGAGCCAGCUGUCGCCGCGCCGCGCCGCCGUCGCUUCGACGGCGGCGCCGGAUGCGGAGGUGGCGGCGGCCUUCAAGCCCCGGCCGGCGGCGGCGGGCGCGGCCCCGCGGCCGCGGUCGCCGCCGCGGCCGCGCAGCCCCGCGCCCGCGACGCCGCCGCGGCCGCGCAGCCCCGUGCGCUUCCGGCCGGGCAGCGCCUGGAGCGAGCGCGACGACGCGCGGCGGCGCAACCAGCAGCGGCUCUCGACGGGGUCGAACGCCUCGGCGGCGUCCGUCGAGAAGGUCCUGGAGGCCUGCGAGGAGACGGCGCGGGCCGUGGCGUCGCCGAACGCCGAGGGGCGCCGGAUCCAGCGUUUGUUUGAUGACGUGUGCGGCGUGCGCAAGGGCACGAAGGCCCUGGACGCGCUGGCAUUACGGCUCAAGGCGGACGAGACGCUGCUGAGGGCUAGAGCGACGCGGUGCGGGCCCAAGGUGUACGACGGGGCGUCCGUGCUCCACGCGGCGGCCUUCCACGGCCAGCUCCACGUCAUCGAAGCCGUCUUGGCCAUCGAAGAGUCUCCAUUGGAUCCGUGGACGCUCGACACGGCGGGGCGGACGGCGUUGCACGUCGCGGCCGAGCGGGGCCACGUCGGAUGCUGCGACGCGCUGCGCAAGGCCAUGAGCGCCUCCCAGGACGACCCCGUCGGGGAGAACGCGCCCAUGGACAUGAGCGGCCGGACGCCCUGCGCCUGGGCCGCCGAGCGCGUCAAGGACGCGCAAAAACGCGACGCUUUGGAGGCGACGCUCUUCUCGCCCGGCGACGCGACGGUGCUCCCGCGGCGAUCAGAAAAGUCGCACGCGGCGCACGCCGUGUCGAGCACGGCGGGCUGGCGCGUCGUCAUGGAGGACGCGCACUGCGUCUGUCGCUUGGACGGCGCGACGUUGUACGCCGUCUUCGACGGCCACGGGGGGUCGCUCGUCGCGAACUACGCGGCGGCGAACAUUGAGCGGUGUCUGCAGCUGAGUGAGGACCCGGCGGCGUCCCUGAAAAAUGCACUCGCGACGCUAGACGCGGAACUCGAGCAGCACCCGCGCCUCGUUAAAUCAAGAAGGAGCGGCCGCGGCGGGACCGGGCCUUUGGUGGCGGAGGACGAGAGCGGCGCGACGGCGUUGCUCUGUCUCGUGACGCGGACCGAGGUCGUCGUGGCCCACCUGGGCGACUCGCGCGGCGCGCUGCUCCGGAAGCAGGGGGGAAAGUGGUCGUCCCAAGAUCUGACGCUGGCCGACCACACCGCGGGCUCGCCGGCGGAGGCGGCGCGCAUCGACUCCUUACAAAACUUCGGGGUCUUGCGGCGCGAGAACGACGCACCGCGCGUCGCGCGGAAGGUCGACGGCGCGGUCGUCGAGAACGGCGCGCUCCAGACGACGCGCGCUUUAGGGGAUUUCGUCUUCAAGACGGCGACGGAGCGCGCCGUGACGUGCGAGGCGGACGCGCGCGCGCUCUCGUUGCAGGAGUGCCGCGGCGGCGAGCGGUCCUGCGUCCUCCUCGCGUGCGACGGCCUCUGGGACGUGCUGACGGGCGAGGAGUGCGGCGCCAUCCUCGACUCGUGCGUCGAGGGCCUCGACGCGCAGUGCGACGCGCUCGUCGCCGAGUGCGUGCGCCGGCGGUCGCGCGACAACGUGACCGCCAUCCUCGUCGACCUCGACGCGUCCGCGGCGGCGAAGGCGCUCGCGUUCGGGGGCGGGACUCCGUGAGAUUUGUGAUUAAGACAAUCAAUGGC